GGGGGGGGCAAAAGGCAGGUGGGAAGCCAAACCGGGCGAAGUUUGGGUCUCUUUGCGAGGCGGCUGAGGCGGCGGCUUCUCCUUCUGCUUCGCUGCUAUGGCCGCGGAGGAUUCAGGCUCGCUGCCCUGGUCCAUCGACAGGGAUGAUUACGAGCUGGAGGAGGUGAUCGGGAGUGGAGCAACAGCUGUGGUCCAAGCGGCCUAUUGUACCCCAAAGAAGGAAAAAGUGGCAAUUAAGCGGAUCAAUCUUGAGAAAUGCCAGACCAGCAUGGACGAGCUCUUGAAAGAAAUUCAAGCAAUGAGUCAGUGCCACCAUCCAAAUAUUGUCUCCUACUAUACUUCUUUCGUGGUGAAAGAUGAACUUUGGUUAGUGAUGAAGCUCCUAAGUGGAGGUUCUGUUCUGGAUGUGAUCAAGCACAUUGUAGCCAAAGGAGAACAUAAGAAUGGAGUCCUGGAUGAGCCUGUAAUAGCCACAAUCCUCAAGGAAGUUUUGGAAGGACUGGAGUACCUGCAUAAAAAUGGGCAAAUCCACAGGGAUGUGAAAGCUGGCAAUAUCCUAUUGGGAGAAGAUGGGUCGGUCCAGAUUGCCGAUUUCGGCGUAAGUGCUUUUUUAGCUACCGGUGGGGACAUUACACGAAACAAAGUGAGGAAAACCUUUGUGGGCACGCCUUGCUGGAUGGCUCCCGAAGUGAUGGAGCAGGUUCGGGGGUAUGAUUUCAAAGCAGAUAUUUGGAGUUUUGGAAUUACUGCGAUAGAAUUGGCUACCGGAGCUGCUCCUUAUCACAAAUACCCACCCAUGAAGGUCUUAAUGUUGACACUACAAAAUGAUCCCCCCUCCUUGGAGACAGGGGUUCAAGACAAGGAUAUGCUUAAAAAAUACGGGAAGUCGUUCAGGAAAAUGAUUUCAUUGUGCCUGCAGAAAGACCCAGAGAAAAGACCUACAGCAGCUGAACUUCUAAGACACAAAUUUUUCCAGAAAGCAAAGAAUAAAGAAUUUUUACAAGAAAAAAUAUUGCAGAGAGCCCCAACUAUCACUGAAAGAGCCAGGAAGGUCAGGAGAGUCCCUGGUUCCAGCGGACGACUUCAUAAGACUGAAGAUGGUGGCUGGGAAUGGAGCGACGAUGAACUAGAUGAAGAAAGCGAAGAGGGCAAAGCGGCAAUUUCACAGCACAGGUCUCCCAGAGUGAAAGAAUCCUUACAGAAUUCUGAGCUGUUUCCAUCAGCUGAGCCAACCGGCCCUUUGCUCAACCUCCAAGACCAGCCUGCUGCUCAACUACCUCAGCCUGCAGGUCAAGUUCCUGCACAACCUCCUGUUUCUGCCUCCGGUCCAGCUUCUCAAACUCCAGCAGCAGCUCCUUCGGCAGCACAGGCACCUCCUGCACCUACAGCACAAGAAGAGCCCAAAAUUCCAAUAAGUCUCGUUCUACGAUUAAGGAAUUCAAAAAAGGAGCUGAAUGACAUCCGAUUUGAAUUCACACCUGGAAGAGACACUGCAGAUGGAGUAUCGCAAGAGCUCAUCUCGGCUGGACUUGUGGAUGGCAGAGAUUUAGUCAUAGUUGCUGCGAACUUGCAAAAAAUUGUGGAAGAUCCUCAGACGACCCGAUCGCUCACUUUCAAGCUGGCAUCAGGCGUGGAAGCAUCCGAAAUCCCCGAUGAUGGCAAACUUAUUGGAUUUGCUCAGCUCAGCAUCAACUAAAACAACACUCCCUGCUUAUGGUCGCAACCCAUAGGUGCAACGUACGAAAUACUUCUGUUGGCCAAAAAAGCAAAACCACUCCUGCCAAAGAAAUCAAAACUACAGGCCCUUGUUCUUAGAAGCUUUAACUUCAUUUGUUCCCAAGUAGCAUCAAGGAGGUUUACAACACUACUGCCUUGGAGGCAUUUGGCUUCUGUUCCACCCGCCCACUUUUUUUGCAUUUCCUGCCUCUCAGUUUUACCCCUCCCUCCCUCCUUCCCAUCCUCCCUCCUUUCCCUCCCUUCCUUUUCUUCUUUCCUUCUUUCUGUCCUUCCUUCCUUCCCUCCCUUCUUUCCUUCCCUUCCUUCCUCCCUCCCUCUCUUACUCCUCUCCUUCCUUCCUCCCUCCCUCCCGCCCUCCCUCCCUUUUCUUCUUUCGUUCUUUCUGUCCUUCUUUCCUUCCCUUCUCCCCUUCCCUUCCUCCCUCUCUCACUCCUCUCCUUCUUUCCUUCCUUCCUUCCUUCUUUCCUCCCUCCCUCCCUCCUCUUCUUUCCUUCCUUCUGUCCUUCCUUCCUUCCCUUCUUCCCUUUCUCCCUCUCUCGCUCCGCUACCUACCUACCUACCUACCUACCUUCCCCUGCAUGCUUGUACUUAUUAUUGCCUUAACUCAGCCUUCCCCAACUGAGUGCCCACCAAUUAGGCUGUGCCUACAAAUCUUGGCUUUAUAGCCAAGAGGGCUGGGAAUUCCAGGGGUUGUUGGGAUAUAUACCAGAGGACAUCUGGUUGGGAAUGUCUGCCUUAACUAUUUAAAAACUAAACAGAAAUAGAAACAUUACUACUGAGUACGAAAGAAGGAUUUCGCUGCUCUUAAUAAUUGUCUUGAUGUGAUGGGUUGGAUCAUUUUUGCCUGACUGGUUAAACAGUAAAGACAUUUUGAUUUGUGGUCCGUCUAACUGGACAGGUAUCUUAAAAAAACAAAACAAAACAAAAAAAUAACGGAAGCUGUUGUGGAGUGUCAGAAUACAGGUUGAAUUUACUGUGGAAAACUGAGUGAAGUCUUGAAUAAGUGAAAUCCCUUGGUUUAAGCAACUUUUUCUAUAUUCAGGGCGCAGAAGGAAUUGCUUGGCCUGAGAUAAAACUAGCCUUAAUUUUUCCCCUUCUAUUUGCAAACACGUUAUCGGUGAAGAAACAUCAUGUUUCUGUGUAGCUGUGUUUCCUCCAUCCUCAAUUGGCUGUCUCACUCACCCUGUGCUUGUAGACUUCCAAUAUACAGACACAAUGGUUGAAACACCUGGUGCCAAAAGUAUUCUGUUCAUCAUAAUCUAAGCAGCUUUGACAAUUGCAGGAUGGAUAGACAGGAGCAAUUCUGGUGCAAGAGGCAGAGACCAUACAUAGAAACUGGCCACCCAUCAGGCCGAAGAGAGGAUUUUGCAGCAUAGGAACUAGAAGAUGUCCCAUUCCAAAUAUCUAUAUUGUGUACGUUUCAUCAUCACUCUCUUAAUUUCAUUCUGGAAGUUGCUUAUGCUCAGUUGCUUAUCUGGACAAAAAUGGAGAGUGGCACAGCCAGACAAAUAUUCCUGAACAUGGAACUUUUCUCAGAAAAUGAAAUUUCAGUCUUUCAAGUUUUAUCAUUUGGUUGUUGGGCUUCCACUCUCCCGCAAAUAUCCCUCAAAAAUCCUUUGGUGGAAAACAAUUUUCUCUUGUUUUCCACCAAGAGAAAUCCCACCCAUAACCCUGAAGUAAUUUCCGGCUUCCUUAAAACCGUUGCAAUCUGAUGAUGAAUCCUCAGGAAAUCUGAGGUUCUGACAUCCUCAGAGGUUCUGCAGAAGAUUCAGGGUGCAGCUGACCUUAUACCGACAUCUUGUGGAAGUAUCUCUGUCAGUCUACAUCAGAUGUCUUCAAACUUGGCAACUUUAAGACCGGUGGACUUCAGUUCACAGAAUUCUCCAGCCAGCUAUGCUGGGAGUUGAAGUCCACCAGUCUUAAAGUUGCCAAGUUUGGGGACUCCUGGUCUACAUAAUUUUCUCGUCCUUGCGGUUGUCUCUGCAAUUGGUUUUUGGUGAAGGGAUUCCUGUGUAAGUAGGCUAUUGAGAUUGUCUCACAAGUUGCUAGGAGUAGUUAAAGCCCACCAGGUGUGGUUCACUGUAACCAUUCGUAAAACCAGAUGUCCUUUGCGUGUGGAUGGAGCAGAAAUUGAUCGUAUGGACUGGCCAUUAGAAGGGCUGUAAACCUGAGUCUUUCUACACUGGGCCACUGCAGGUGGUUUCCCGAUUCCCAUUUUAAUCUCCAAAAAACCCCCACACCCAUUUCAUUAAAAAUCCUUUUACCUUUCUUAUGUUCUUCCUUCAUAGACUGGUACAUAUGAAACUGUCCCCGUUCAGUUUUUACAGCAAUAAAUGAAAUUGCCAGUUAAAGACCUACCUGGCAAAUCAAUGCUUGGAGCAAUUUUGUCUCUUUGCUGAACUCCUUGGAAUCUGCCAAUAGUAAGGGUUUUUUUUUUUAAUACUCUUCUCACAUAUCAAAAGUUUGGUCAACAUUAGGGUAACUGAAGCCACUAUAACUCUUUAUUUAGUGUUUGUUUGUUUUUUAAGACAUUAUUAGUAUCUGGGGGUGUUUUUUUUUCUUUCCAUUGUUUUGGAUUUUUAACCUAUAAAUUAUAUAUUUAGUGUGGGGAAAAAAGAAACAUUUAUAAUGCACUAUGUGAACAAUAAAACGCUAAUGGAUUUUUCUCGCCAUCCUAUAGCAGCCAUUCGUCCCCUCCAGCUUUUGUGUAUCACUGCUUAGCUUUGAAGUGUUUUGUACAUCCACAUUGUUUUUGCCUUAAUAUUAAUUUGCGUAGCAUACCAAUGGAAUUAAGUCUCAUCCCUGGGUGUAGCGUUUCACUAGGUAGGGUGUGGGCCCCAGUGAAGUGAUUAUGAACUGUUUUUUAUAGCCACUCCUCCUCUUCCUCGUUUCAGUUACCAUGAUUGAACCACCGUGACACUUAAGCUUCCAAACCUGGUUUCUAACUCAGGUUAAGGACAGUAAUAAAUAUCCUCACAACAUGUUGUGGAAGAGUGGGAAGGGAGCUGUUAUACUCAUUUGUGUCCACAUUGAAUCCCCUGAGAGGGUUGAAGUUAGCGCCCCACACUUGUUCUCUCAGGGUGAGUGGAAAACGUGGAGGUUGGGAUUCUCAAGCCUUCUGAUGCAAUAAAUUUUCCUCUCCAAGCAGCAAUGAAAGCUCGAUUUCCUUUAUUGCUUAAUGUAUUUAUUGUUCACCUCUAAUUUUUGUUUUGGCUAGAUCUGCUUGUAGGUCAUUAGCAGAACUGCUCCAGAUGUGGACAUCUAUUGAAGAAAAAGAUUUGAAAAUGAGAAAUGUUUUAGACAGCAGUCAUGGGGUGGGAAGGGGUGGAGGUUGGAAAAAAUAACGACUGCUUGGCUGUGUUACUGUGUCUCUCUGUGUGUGUGUGUCUUAUGUGUGACCUCCCAAAACUUCCAAAUUUUCCCACCUUCGUGCUUGGUGGCUUAUGAGCAAGCAAGCUACGGUAUAUUCUUGAAUGAACCCUGGAGGUCAUUUUCUCAAUUUAAAACCCUUCAGGAGGGGCAGAAGUCAACCAAUCUUGGUCAACUGUUUGGGAUAGACCUCACUUGGAUGAGGGAAGCGGCUCUCGGAGGCUCCACGAGACGAUGGUCUCCCCAAACUUCUGCUUCUGGUUGGCCAGAAAUUAUUUGGAGCCAGUGAUGUUAUUGUCACUACAUUGCACAGCCCUAGUCCCAAUAUCCAUGCCCAGGUAUGAUCAUGUGGAAAGAGGAUCUCUUGCUGAAAUGGGGGGGUGGCCCCGAAUCGGGGUACCCCAAGAUGGCAGAUGAGCAGCGUGAGGAAAAAUGUAGCCAUCCAUUUUAUUUCAUCCCAUCUUCAGCUACAGAGACCAAAUAAUUCUGGUACAGUAUUAAAUCAUUUGGCCUGCAUGCUGUGUGUACCUUUGAAUCCGCUAUAUCUUGAUGCAGUAUCUAUCUAUUUAUUUAUUCAUUCCUUCAUUCCUGCCUCUGUCUAAUCCAGGUCUAGCAGACGAGCAUCCCUAAUGACUGUUCCCAUGUAUUAUUAUAAUAAUGAUUCUUUUAGUGAUCCAGAACUUCUUUGCUACUAGAUUUCUAGGCCAAUUGUCUCUUAAUAAUUAAUAGUAUUUCCUUUUUUUUUUCUUUCCCCCCCUCUUUGGAUACUAGAAAUGCUAGACAACUAUUUUAUUCUUGAGGUUCAAAAGUGCCAAUGAUUUUUGUUGUUGUUGUUUGGUAGUUUAGAAAUUAUUUCUAACCUUUAUGCCCUCAUGGAUCAGAGGGUUUUUAUUUUGGGUAAAUUCUGAACUUGAACCUAGAAAUCGGUUUGUAUUUUUUUAAACUUAGUUAAUAGCCUUGAGGAGGGUGGUGUAUUAAUAUAAAAGGAACCUCUACACAAUUUGGUGUACUGUAGAUUUUAACAAAAGAUGUAAAAUAUUCGGCCUUUUUUUCUCUUUGACUUUGUAUUUUAUUGCAUGUCAUUUCUCUAAUUUUUAACCAAUAAAAAAACCUUGUCCAUUA